CCGCACCCCAUUUAUAAACAUUAAUAUUUCUGUUAAAUAUAAUGCUAUUUCUAUAGUUUCGGGGAAGUACCGUGCGAAAAUUAUUAAAAUUUGAAAAUGCAAAGAAGAUUCUCGAUUAUUAUUCUAGGUUAGUAUAUGUUUUUGAACGUAUCUUUACAGCCGACUAUUUUGCGGUAUGUUCUAGUACUUAUAUUACAUAUUUUUUUGUGUGGACAGUUCAGAACAGUAAAGUUACUUUCGUUACGUGUUUGGUGAAACCGAAGUCUAUUUAUAGAUUAGUGUUACUUGUUUACUGUUCCCGCAUAUUUUGGUAAUACAGGACGAGUAAUCAAUUGAUAUAAGCAGAAUACUCGCUAAGUAAUAUAGGUAACCAUGGCACAGUUCGGUUGCGUACAAACCGCACAAGAUCUCUUGAAUUUGUCUUCGAUGUUAAAUCGUGAGAAAGAAGCCAGCGAUGAUGAAGAUACGCCAGACUCCAGCACCCCAAGCCUAACCCCAGCCUCUAUUGGACCAAACAGCAAAAAGUCUUUAAAGAAAAUUAAAACUCCUUACGCAAAAGUUGAAUCUGACCCAAACAUUAUUUGGAAUGAAGAUGAAGUCAAAGAAAGCAACAUAUUUGCUGUUGAACCCGACCCAAGACCACAACCUAAAUAUGAUAUAUCGUACAAGCAGAAAGUAACCUCAGAAGAUAUGUUCCUUGGAAUGAGUGGUAAGAACCCAUCCACUGCUUGCUGUGAAGAUAUGAUUGUAAAGAUUGAGUUACCAGGUUGUAACAUGAAGGAUGUGGAGCUUGAUGUCAAACAAACUACACUGGAUUGCAGAUCACCGAAAUUUCGUCUCUUACUCGCACUCCCCCACCCCGUUGACCCAAAGAAAGGUUCAGCCAAAUGGGACGGCAACAAACAAAUAUUGCAAGUCACGCUGACUAUGAGCAGGGAAUACGACUUUGUCAACUUCCAAUAAUGUUCAUAAACCUACUUUCCAAGACAUGAAUCAAUUGUGGCAUUGGGACGCUUGUAUUGAGAAUACAUUUUACCUCCAAAACAAUUCUGCAUGCUGUUUUAAAUAGUAAUAAACUGGUGCUACGAAAACAUACUGUAUUAAACCAUUUUAGUUGGGCAAACAUUUUAGAAGUUCUUACUUGAACGUUUUAAUAAAUAUUCUCGUGAAAUAAUUUUAUAUAUUAUAUUAACAUUGAAAUAUUCAAAUUUGUUUUUAAUCAAUUUUUUGUAUGAACUGUUCUUAUUCCUACCACUGUGUAGUUA